AUGUCAGAUCACGAAGAAAUAAAAAACGAAAGGCGUCCAUGGAUUGAUCAGAUUCAAUCGUUCAAUGAAUUAUAUCGUGAAGAAGAAAACAAAGUAGAAGUGAGCCCAGGAAUAAAACUGGGAUGGGUCAAAGGCGUGUUGAUUCCAUGUCUACUCAGCAUCUGGGGCGUGAUGCUUUUCUUAAGGAUGCAGUGGAUUUUAGGACAAGCUGGAAUAUUUCAUUCAAUCAUUAUUAUUUUGAUUGCACUGCUUAUAAUAUUAAUCACCACUUUUUCACUGUCUGCGAUUAGCACAAAUGGAAAAGUAAAAGGAGGGGGUCUUUAUUUCAUUAUUUCCCGAUCAAUUGGUCCGGAAAUUGGAGCGUCAAUUGGUAUCCUAUUAGCAUUUGCUAAUACAAUUUCUGCGGCAAUGAACACAAUUGGAUUUUGUUUAUCUUUAAAAUCAUUACUAAACUCAAGAGGUUCAGAAAUAUUAGAUUCAAAUUUAAAUUUCAGAGCAUUAGGAGUAGUAUCUAUAAUAGUUAUGAGUAUACUUUGUUGUAUUGGCAUGGAUAGAGAAGCUGAAGUACAAAAUGCUCUUCUGGUAGCCAUAGUUGUCGGUAUUUUUAACGUAAUUAUUGGCUCAAUUAAUGGCCCACAGACUAAUUUAGCAAAGGCAUCAGGAUUCACUGGAUUUAACAUGGAAACCUUCAAACAAAACUGGCAUUCAGACUAUAGGAUAGAAAAAGACGUUCAGCAUUCUUUUUUUACAAUUUUUGCAGUUUUCUUUCCAUCUGUAACUGGUAUACAAGCUGGAGCAAAUAUAUCGGGAGAUCUUAAAGAUCCUAGUGCUGCAAUACCAAAAGGAACAUUAUUAUCAAUUCUCAUUACUAUAACUUCGUAUAUUGUAUUAAUAGUAGUACCUGGAUCGGUUCAAUUAAGAGAAGCGAGCGGCAUUGAAACCGAAUUUCAAAAUGGAUCUUUUUUAGAUUGUUCGUUUAGAAAUUGCACCAAAGGAUUGUACAAUGACAUAAAUCUGAUGCAGUCGAUUUCGUUGUGGCCGAUUACCAUAUAUUUCGGUUGUUUUGGAGCUACUAUUAGUACAGCUUUAACCGCAUUAAUAUCCGUUCCAAAGUUGUUACAAAGAAUGGGACAAGAUGAUGUUUAUCCACUUCUUAAAUAUUUAGCAAAAGGCUAUGGGGAAAGUAAAGAACCCUAUCGUGCACAUUUGUUUGCCAUGUUUGUGUCAUCGAUAUUACUUAUUAUAGGUGAAUUAAAUGAUAUUGCCUCAUUGAUCUCAACUAUUUAUUUAUCUUCAUACGCUAUGUUAAAUUUGUGUACAUUUCAUGUUGCAUAUUUUAAGCCUUUGGGUUGGAGGCCAACAUACAAGUUUUAUAACAAAUGGUUAAGCCUUGCUGGUGCUAUUGUAUGCAUUAUAGUAAUGAUAUUUAUUGAUCAAAAAAUGUCAGCAAUUGUUGGUUGUGCUAUAUGUCUUUUGUACAUACUUGCUAGCAGAAAAAAUAAAGAGAUUAAUUGGGGAUCUUCUAAGCAAACACAACAAAUAAAAACAGUUAUAAGAAACGUGUACAAGGCCAAUUCUAUUCAAUACCAUAUCAAAAAUUAUUUACCUAAUUUAAUUGUAUUUUCUGGAAACCCUGAGUCAAGAAAAAAGUUAGUUUCUUUAGCUCAUUUGAUAACUAAGAACAAUGGUGUACAAAUGUGUGUCAAUAUUGAAAAGAUAUCACUGUCACCGAGACAAAAGAAAAUAUGCCUUGAUAAAGGAAUUCGAUGGUUAAGAAAUUCUGGAAUCAAAUCCCUAUAUGUUGUCAUUGAUAAUAUAGAAUUGGAUUUAGCAACUCAUAUGAUGUAUAGCUGCGGACAUGGACAAUUGAGACCAAAUAUAGCAAUGAUUGGAUACAAGUCUGAUUGGCUAAAUUGCCCGUUUCAAGAUCUUCAGACUUAUUUAAAUAUUUUUAAUGUGGCAAAUAUGAAUAACAUGUCAACAAUCAUGGUUCGUGUGUCAUCAACCGAGAGUUAUGAUGAUCAGAAUUUAUUAAUUCAAGAUUUUAAGCACUUAGACAAAAAUGAAGAAAUUUUGUACAAAACGCAAUCAAAUCAAAAUAUUAAAAAUCAACAAAAGGUGGCUGAUUGCUUUGUAAAAAUAAAAAACAAGCAAUUUUCCUUCGAGAAGAAGAAACAAAGUCAUGGGACAGUAGAUGUGUGGUGGUUGUACAACGAUGGAGGUUUAUCGUUAAUCAUUGCAUAUAUAUUGAAACAUAGUAAUACGUGGAAGAAUUGUAAAUUUCGAAUUUUUGGAGUAACAAACAGAUUUGAGUGUUUGUCUGAAGAAAAAAACAAAUUAAAACAAUUGUUAAAAAUGUAUAGAAUUGAUUUCGACUAUUUGGACAUCAUUUUAGCAAACACCACUGGUCCUACAACAAUGACAUAUUUCAAUUCUUUAUUGGAACGCGCGGCUUCCAAAGAGAAUCAAUUUGAUGAUUACAGUUCACAAACAAAACAUAUUGCUGAAACGUUGUUUUUAAGAGAUUUAAUCGAAUUGCAUUCAUUUAAUUCUGAUCUUAUCAUCUUAACAACUCCAAAAAAUAACGAGGAAAUCAAUAUAUUAUUCAUGUGUUGGAUAGAAACGAUUUCUAGAGGGUUACCGCCGUGUAUUAUAAUCAAUGGGAGUACAGAGCCAGUUCUUACUGUCAAUGCUUAAGCCAUAAAUAUAUAAAAUACGCAUACAUUGUACUUUAUUUAUGUAUACAUUCACGCACUCUAGAAUUUCCUUUCAAAUUAAUGUAGGUAGGAAGUUGUUUUUUUUUUCUUAGAUUAGAUUGAACUGGAGCAUGAAGUUCCAAACUCUGGUUUCAAACGCAAAAUGCCCAAAAGAAGUUCGUAAAUCAGUAUUUUAAUACAUAAAUAGACAUUAUGUCUUAAUCUUGAAAGAAUACUGUUAGAUUUGCAUCUCUCUGGAACGACUAAAUCGAAAAUACUAAAGAAGUUGAUAUGCUCGCCAUACCUCAAAUGUUUAACCUAACCCUGUCUAUAGGACUUUAGUAGACCAACACUUCAAGCAGUGCCGGGUCUAAGCCUCAGGAGGCCGGGGUGCAACUAUCAACUAGAGGCCCCUUAAAAACAAAUUUUCUUGACAUUACACUUACCUAUUUAUUUGAUACGUUUUGUCGUGUUGAUUUAUCAAACAAACUAAAAAACACAACAUUUAAAUUCCAUAAUUUAGUAGGUGAAUUAUGAAACUAUACAUUCACUCACUGUUCUCAUACCUAUUAUACCAUGCUUAGAUAUGAUGUAUUAAUCAUUAAUGUAUGCUUCUAUGCUAGUAUAAUAUAAAUUAAAGCGCCCGGUGCCGAUGCCAUUUUGUCCUCAAAAAUACACUCUGCGGGAAUAACUAUACCACCUUGUAGAAUCAACCAAAUUUCAUAAUUUUGUUUUUAAUUCUAUAGCCCGCAUCGAUCUCUGUUUUUCAAUAUUUUAUUCUCAAACUUUCUAAUAUGUCAAAAAAAAAAACACAAGAUAAAAACCAUUUUUUUUACAACAUUUUUAAUACAAUUAUUUGAAAUAAAAUACAAAAUCAGAGAUCGAUGUGGGUUGUAGGAAUUUUUCUUCUUUCAGAUAAAAAAAAUAGUCAUUAAAAUCCGAUAUUUCUACAAAGCUUGAGAGCUAUUCCCGUAAAGUCAUUUUUUUCGAUAUAAUACACCUUAUCAACCCCCCUCCCCCUAAAUAGGUAUCGGGUAGAUUAGUGGAAAAGUCUUAAAAUAAUUGAGGUGGCAACUAAAAUAUAAAAUUUAAUUUUCAAAUUUUAUAGAAUUGUGGAAAUAUUGAAAAACUGGCACCGGGAACCUUAAGAGUAAAUAUAAUUAAUAUGAUAAAUUAUAAUGGCUGUAUAUUCUCUAUAUUGUCCUAAAAUGAAAUGACACAAAUAUGAAUCAGGUAUCUCAGUUACCCGAAUUGAAUACAAAACUAUUCAUCAAUUGUUCUUUAUAUUUUUUUAAUUCAUUGUUUUGAACAUUUUUCUCUGUCUUAUAGAUGCACCACUUUCAAAUUGUCUGUUAGACAUGUUUUUUUUUUCAAAAGUCAAUAAAAGAUAGUGUAGGUAGCCAGGUAGAUACCUAAUUUAUAUUUUUAAUAAUCAAAUGAAAAAUUAAUAUAAAGUAAGUACGCAAAAAAUUAAGCUGACAAAAGUACAAAAUAACAUAUCCGAAACCAAUAACACUGCACCAAGGCAUGUCCGUAAAUCAUAAUCCGUUUGUAUUAAACAAUAAAUAAAAUAUUAUUAGUUUGUCCAGUAAGAUACUGCACUAGCGCGACUUCGCGAGCCUCUGAGAUUAAAUAAAUAGUACGAUUAUACGAAAAUAGUAUACGAUGCAUACUAUAUAUAAUUAAUGUGUAUACAAAUAAAUAUGUAAAACAAACAAUAACAAUGAUAAAUAGUAUUAGGUAUCUAAAAUUCUAACCGUCCAAAAUAAAUGAUUGUCACUUGUCAGUAACAUCUUAAGAUAAUAAAGUUUGUUCAUUUUAUAAUAAAAAGUUAUAGAAAGUUAGAAAAUUUAGGACUUCAACUUGAGGCCCCUAAUACAACCUUGGUCUUGAGGCCCCGGUGCAAGCACCCCCUGUACCCCCGCUCAAUCCGGCACUGACUUCGAGCUUACGAAUACACCUGCAAGAAAUUAACAUUUUAUAUAAAGUAAUUAUAUUCACAAAUAUUGUUCCACAUAACCAAUUUUUCCACUUAUCUACUCAUAAAAAUAAAUCAUUUUAUUUUGAUUACCAUUACGGAAUUCUAUAUUUUAAUACUAAAAAUUAGUAAUUAAACUUAAUAUGUUUCGUACAAACUUACAAAAAUUAACAUAUUAUAUAUAGUUGUUUAACAACAAUACUACCUAUACAAUUUUGUAACUUAUUAUUAAUAUCAAAACGUAUCUCAUAUCCUAUAUCAAUUAGUUUUUGCCUAUUUAUUAAUUUAUUAUUGCAAGUAUAAUUUUAAUAACGAUAAGAAUACCUACCUACCUAGACUUACCUAUUUUUUUAAGAUCUUAUAUUUUGUUAUUUUUUCUUUUUUAUUUUUGAUAAAACUUUGAUAGCACCUUUACUUUUUAGAGAUCUCAAGUGACGAUUGAGAAGCACCGUUAAAUAUGUUUAUCUAUUAUAUCAUUAUAUUAUUCAUUCAUUUUAUUGAUUGAAUUAGGUAUAUUGUAAUUUAUAAGCUUCCAUAUUAUUAUUAUUAUCUUUUACUACGCACUAAUAAUAUCUUAACAAUUUAAUUCAAUUUCUUUACACAAAAAUAUAGAGGGUGCCCCGUUAGGAUUACCCAUUAGCUGUAGAGGAGGACUCGCCGCCCGGACAAAAAACAAUUUUUUUUCAUUUUACCCAUCAACUAAGAAAAAUAUUAAAAAUCAUGAGAUUAAUGAAAAUAAAAUGUCGAAAAUUCAAAAUAUUUACAAAAAUAAACUCUAUAAUACUCUUAUGGCUAUCUUCAAUUGUUUCAAAAAUAAAAAAAUAACUUUUAACUUUAACUUUAUUGCCAAAAAAUUUAAUUUAAUUAAAAUAUAAAAUAUAUGUAGUCCUUGUCUCUGUGACUAAUAAAAAAAAACAGAUGUAUGAUAUAUUUAUAAUCUCUGGAGAUAUAGCAAUGAGUAAAUCCUCACGGGACACUAGCUCUAUAUAAAAUAUAUUUUUUUUACUCAUAUUGUGAAAAUAAAAUAUAAUAGGUAUAUAAUACUAUGUUUUUUUACUUAUUUUAUAAAAAUAUAAACCAGCUUUAAUGGCUCUA